AUGAAUGAUAAGCUCAUGUGUUUGUUUCUCCUACAGGGUUCAGGCGUGAUUAAAGCAGGUUUCGCUGGUGAUCCAAUACCGAAAUACUGCUUUCCAAACUAUAUGGGCAGACCAAAGUACGUUUGUGUUAUGGCUGGUGCUUUAGAAGAGGAUAUUUUCAUUGGUCCAAAGGCAGAGGAGCACAGAGGUCUCCUCUCGAUCCGAUACCCAAUGGAACAUGGCAUAGUGCAGGACUGGAAUGAUAUGGAGCGCAUUUGGCAGUACGUGUAUUCCAAAGAUCAGCUUCGGACUUCCUCAGAGGAGCAUCCUGUGCUGUUGACAGAAGCACCACUAAACCCUCUCAAGAACAGAGAACGUGCUGCUGAAGUGUUCUUUGAGACCUUCAAUGUUCCAGCACUAUUCAUCUCCAUGCCGGCUGUGCUCAGUCUGUAUGCUGCUGGGAGGACCACAGGAGUGGUGCUGGACUCUGGGGAUGGCGUUACCCACGCGGUGCCCAUCUAUGAAGGCUUUGCCAUGCCUCACUCCAUCGCGCGGAUUGACACUGCAGGCCGCGAUGUCUCGCGCUUCCUGCGUCUCUGUCUCCAGAAGGAAGGCUACAACUUCUACACGACCGCAGAGUUUGAGAUUGUCAAGACCAUCAAGGAGCGUGCCUGCUAUCUGUCCAUAAACCCCCAGAAGGAUGAGACUCUGGAGACUGAGAAGGCUCAGUACUACCUGCCAGAUGGAAGCACUAUUCAGAUCGGCUCUGCCCGCUUUCGUGCCCCGGAGCUCUUGUUCCGGCCAGACCUGACAGGGGAAGAAUGUGAAGGACUCCACGAGGUGCUCGUUUUUGCCAUUCAAAAAUCAGACGUGGGUCUGAGGCGAACACUUUUCUCCAACAUUGUGCUGUCUGGUGGCUCCACACUUUUCAAAGGUUUUGGAGAUAGGCUCUUGAGAGAAGUGAAGAAACUAGCUCCAAAGGAUGUCAAAAUCAGAAUAUCAGCUCCUCAGGAGAGAUUGUAUUCUACGUGGAUUGGUGGCUCUAUUCUGGCCUCGCUGGAUACUUUUAAGAAAAUGUGGGUUUCAAAAAAGGCAUAUGAAGAAGAUGGAGCUCGUGCCAUCCACCGAAAAACCUUCUAGCCCUGGGACCUAUCCUCAGUCUCCUCUGAAGACUCACUUCAGUUCUAAACUCGCUUUUCUGAGUCCGAGAGUCUGAGAGCUGCCUGUAUGUGUGUGUGUGCGCCAGCAUGCCCCGACGUCACUGAGCAAAGACAACAGCAGCAGGAGGGUUGGAUUAGUACUAACUACUUAUUUUUGUUGUUGUUGUUGUUAUUUUUUUAAUGGAAAGGAUGAAAUACCAGUCUGCUUUUCUUCAGAAUGGUGGCCUCCUUUUUCAUUCCAGUUCCUUAGUUUCUGUGUUACGAUCACAUUUGCCACUGUAAAACAAGCAAGGAAAAAGAAGGGAACAGCUUAGAAUCUGCCUAGCAAGUCAGAGAGGAGCUAACCACUGCGAACUGCUCACGUAGGCUUUAGUCAGCCUGACUGCAAUGCCUGGAUUGUCUGGAAAUACAUAGCUGAAGCCCCAUAGCUACUUUCUUCCUCAGCAGUGUCUCCACCAUCAGUAGACUUUUGAAGUUGUUUUUAAUGUCUUUUGUUUUUUCUUAAAUUGAAAUAAAGCACAUUCUGAACAGUUAAGCCCAUUUGCCCCCACUAUUUUGUGUGUGUGUGUGUGUGUGUGUAACUUCUCAGACUGAUGUGGGGUUCUGUGCCACAGCUGGAGAAGAUGGUGAUAGGACUUAGUUUGUAUUGCAUGGAGUAGAACAAAGCAAUCUCUAAUCGGCUUUCAUUAUGCUAGACGGUUAUUCUCUUGUUCCUUCUUUUAAGUACCUUUUCUCCUCUGGAAGCAAGUGCCCCAGAGUGGGAGUGAAGGCACCUGAGUGUCCUCCCUCAACCUGCCAAGACUUACAGCUUUCAUGCUCUUUCUCUGCAGGAGUUGCGGCUGCUUCCCUCCUCCUCUGCCACAUCCGGGCAACGGAAUCAUGUAUUUUCAGCCAGGCAUAACUCGUGUACUUCAUCCAUUUGGGGGCAAAAUAAUAGUUGGA